AUGUCUGGUGAUACCUACAAUCUCGUUAGAUCGCGCUACGGGUUUGUUGCCAAAUACAGUGAUAACAUCCAGCAUAGAGAAGUGGAAAAGAAUAUCGCCAGGGCAUUCAGCUACACUGCGGAGGAUCUUAGUGCGCUGCCAGAGAAGGCAAAUCUCGGAUUAAGCUGUGGAAAUCCCGUUGGUUUCGCGAACUUGAAAGAGGGCGAAACGGUUCUGGAUCUUGGCAGUGGCAGCGGCAUUGAUGUGCUUCUGGCGGCUCGUAAAGUUGGCCGCAAUGGACAGGCCAUUGGCAUUGACAUGACAAAAAAGAACAUCCAAAAUGCAGGUCUGUCCAAUGCAAAGAUCAUCGAAGCCAAUGUCAACUGCAUACCGCUGCCUGACUCCAGCAUUGACUGCAUUAUCAACAACUGUGUUAUCAACUUGGUGCCUGCGACAGACAAAGAGACCGUUUUUAAAGAGAUUGAUCGACUCCUCAAGCCUGGUGGAAGAGUAGCAAUCGGUGAUAUCCUGGCUAGGAAACCGCUCCCGGAUACUAUUACUAAAAACAUGGCUCUUUAUGUUGGGUGUGUUGCUGGGGCUAGUCAUAUUGGAUUGUAG